AUAUAGGGGAUCCCCCAGGGGAACUACCCUACAGGAAAAACAAUGAUUAUGUUUAGCUAUUUGCCUUUUCAUGGCUGCUAUUGGCUGCUAACUCUAGCUCUGGGGAAUUUCCUAAUAACUCCCAUUCUGGGUAGAGAUCGAGAGUCAGCAGUUAGCUAAGUGAAAUCACCUGAGUUGUUCUGUGACCAGUUGUUAAAAGCGUCAGCAUUUCUAUAGUCUAACGUCACAACUGCACAUUUGAGGGGUUUUGCUGAGAAAGAAAGAGAGGCCAACUACAGGAAAAUGGAGGACCUUACCAAGCCAAGGGCAGCUGUAGAUCAGAUUGUUUCACGACUGGAAACUCGUUUCAGGAACUUCAACAUUAGUGAGAUAGUGAAAGCUGGGUCUCUGGGACAUGGUACUGUUGUACCAGGCCACUAUGACAUUGACUUGGUUCUGUAUUCCAGAGAUAUCUCUGCUAGAGUUGUGUGCUCAUAUAAUGGCUUUGGCAACUGGACUUCACAACUCAAAGAGUUUAUAGAAAGGGAAUUUGGAAUUACGAGCUACACACCAGGAUAUAACAAUCGAUCGGUCCAAUUUAAGUGUUCAUACAAAGGAGUGAAUCUGAGUGUAGACCUAUUAGUCAGUCCUUUCUGGAGCAAUCCGAGGGAGUUCUAUCAGUUCCUAGAGUCUUUAUCCAGAGAGAGACGCGACAUAUUCACUGUUUGUGCCUCAAAAUGGCAAAUUGAAUUUUUUAAAAGAGUGGAUAGUCAGGCGAAAGAGUACAUCCGCAGAGCUAAAGCCUGGAGGAAUAAAUAUUUUGGUGCUGACGUGCCUGGGAGACCGUCAUCAUACCUGAUGUCUCUCCUGGUUGUGAAGGCCUAUGAAACUGCUAACAGGCGGUAUUAUGGAGCUGGACCCAGAGAGGUCACUACAGAACUAAUGUCAUUGGUGAAGACUCCUUUAUUCGAGUGAGUAUUUUACACCCCCUAUUAGUCACUCUUUCUUGUUUCUUUGAUCAGUGUCUAUUGGGAGGACUUUUAUAAGUUGGCAGAGUACAGCAAUCUCCUGCCAGCCCGUCCUCGUGUCGUUGAUCCUGCUAAUCCUGCCAACAAUGUGUGGGAGAGUGGAAUCAGAGGAGAUGCCUCAGUGCUUGUCAGCAUAAUCCACACUAUUGAUCUCUCCCAGGUCAACUAUUGAGUCAGACCAGAAGGAAUAACACCAGAAAACACUGUUAGGGAACUACUAAAAUAUACGUGUAUAAUUAUAGUGAUAGUUAUGCUCAUACUAAAAGCUCUCCUAAAGAAUGUAAACUUUUCACAUUCAUUAUACGGCUCC